GUUCCUGAAACCAACGCACACUCUCGCAGCAGUGUGGCGUGUUGCUGCUGUGUCUUUGUGACAGUGUGUCUUUGUGUUGUGUUGAGGUACGACAACUACGUCUACAAGUCAGUGUCCAGCAACGGUCUCGGAAAUUCUAAGGGCGGCAAGCAGAAGUACGUCUUCAUCUACCGGACACAGACGGUGAACGUGACGGAUCAGCAUCAGUACGAGACCAAACCCCCGACCUUCGCCAGAGAACCGUUUGCUGUGAAGUUCCAGAGCAGGAAGACGACGAUCAAGAAAUUUAUUUUGGUUCCUGUCCACACGGAGCCGACGCAGGCCGUCCAGGAGAUCGACCGUCUGUACGACGUCUUUGAGAAAGUCAGUAAGAAGUGGAACAACACGAAUGUGAUGUUCCUGGGAGACUUUCAAGCCGCCUGCGCCCACAUGACCCGACUCGAUAAGAAGAAGAUCAGACUGUUCACAAACUCAAACUUCUCUUGGCUGAUCGGAGACAAAGUGGACACGACCGUCUCAGAAGACACCAACUGUGCAUAUGACAGGAUCGUGGUUUAUGGGAAAACUUUCCUGAAGGCGAUCACUCCGUUCUCUGCGAAGGUCUACGACAUCGGGAAGCAGCUGAAAAUCAGAAAGUCCAAGGUGAAAGAGAUUAGUGACCACUACCCUGUGGAGGUGAAACUGAAGAGCUCCGCCCUGCUCCUUCAGGCCACGCCCCUCCUGCUCCUCCUCCUCGCCCACUUCUUCCUGUGACCGUACAGUCCUCACGUUGUUCAGACUCACACCGAUAUUCUAACCACCGCAUUUAUUUAAGUCACGUCACCUGGUGUCUGUCACUUGACCAAAGUAAAAUGUCGGAAUUUUUUAUUUUUUUUUUAAAAUCACGAACAAACUUUUCCCACUCGACACAAAGUUUAAAUUCUCCUUUAACUUCUACGAUUGAAAGACGGUUGAAUUAUUUUCAAUUGUUCCGAGAGAAAUGAGCCGAGCAGUAUUUUAGGUCUCGCUGCUGUGACCUCUCAUCCACAGCACCACCUACUGGUGGAGGCUGUUCAAAGUUAAACAGCUCAUAUACGUGUGUACAGUUCAUGACGCAUCGUAUAAACCAGCGUCUUUAGAUUUUUGUAGCAGGUGAAUCUCUGUUUUUAAAAAUCUAAUAUGAUCAUUCAUCAUCGUUUGUUCGUCUCCGCCCAGAAACUGAUGUAAAUAUAUUUGGAAAAUUACAUUUAUGGUUUUUAUUGCUUAGUAAAGUUUUGUAUGUUGAA